UAUAAGGGCCCAAGCUACGCAACCUUGGUUGAAAUGAAGCAAAUAUACAAAAGUCAUGGCACGAAAUAUUCUUCUUCUUUCUGGGAUUGUUGUAAUUCUUACCUAUGUGGCUAUAAUUGAAGCUACAAUAUUGUUAACCAAUGAUGAUAUUAACAAUUCCCUCAAUCGUAGUAGUUUCCCAGAAGGUUUUAUUUUUGGAACAGCAUCAUCAGCUUACCAGUAUGAAGGUGCUGCCAAUUUUGGUGGAAGAGGACCAAGUAUAUGGGAUACUUUCACACAUAAUUAUCCAGAAAAGAUAAAAGACAGAAGUAAUGGAGACGUAGCCAUAGAUGAAUACCAUCGCUAUAAGGAAGAUGUUGAGAUCAUGAAAGACAUCAACAUGGAUGCUUAUAGAUUUUCUAUCUCUUGGUCCAGGAUACUUCCAAAAGGAAAGCUUGGUGGAGGUAUAAACAAGGAAGGAAUCAAUUAUUACAACAACCUCAUCAAUGAGCUGCUUGCCAAAGGUCUUCAACCCUUUGUGACUCUUUUUCAUUGGGACCUUCCUCAGACACUUGAAGAUGAAUAUGGUGGCUUUUUAAGUCCAAAUAUAGUGAAUGAUUUUCAAGACUAUGUAGAGCUUUGUUUUAAAGAAUUUGGAGAUAGGGUAAAGCAUUGGAUCACAUUGAAUGAACCAUGGACCUUUGCCAAACAUGGUUAUGUUGAAGGGAAUCUAGCACCCGGACGAUGUUCAUCCUGGCAAAACCUAAAUUGCACUGGGGGAGACUCUGCCACUGAACCCUAUCUAGUGGCUCACAAUCAAUUACUUGCUCAUGCAUCAGCUGUCAAUAUCUACAAAACUAAAUAUCAGGAAUCUCAGAAGGGUAAGAUUGGGAUAACACUAGUUUCUCAUUGGAUAAUGCCACUCUAUGAUACUGAAUUGGAUCAUCAUGCCGCACAAAGAGCCAUUGAUUUCAUGUUUGGAUGGUUUAUGGAUCCAUUGACAAUAGGAGAUUAUCCAAGCUCCAUGAGGUCCUUAGUAGGAAGUCGAUUACCAAAAUUCUCAAAGUAUCAAGCAAAGCUUGUAAGAGGGUCCUUUGAUUUUAUUGGAUUAAACUAUUAUACUUCCAGUUAUGCAACUAAUGCACCUGAAUUAAGUAAAGUCAAGCCCAGCUACAACACUGAUCCACUAGUAAUUCUUUCACAGGAGCGCAAUGGAAUACCUAUUGGUCCAACAGCUGCUUCAUUUUGGAUGUCAAUUUAUCCAAAGGGAAUUCGUGAACUAUUGCUCUAUAUUAAAACAAAGUACAACAACCCUUUGAUUUACAUCACUGAAAAUGGUAUGGAUGAGCUCGAUGAUCCAACACUUCCUCUAGAGAAAGCCCUAGAAGAUACAAUAAGGGUUAAUUAUUACUAUGAUCAUCUUUACUAUCUUCAAAGUGCAAUUGAGGAUGGUGCUAACGUGAAAGGAUAUUUUGCAUGGUCAUUCAUCGACGACUUCGAAUGGGCUAAUGGCUACACCAUGAGGUUUGGAAUAUACUUUGUAGAUUACAAUAAUGGCAUCAAAAGAUAUCCAAAAAUGUCUGCAAUCUGGUUUAAGAAUUUUCUACAACGCAAAGUAGUUGCAUAUAGUUGAUGUAAUGAGAAAUUAUAUUCAAUGGUCAUAUUUAUAUAUUAUGUCUGAAAAAUUGUGUAGAAAGAUCUAUAUUUCAUGGAUGUAUAUAUAAAAGAGGUUUGUAAUGAUGAACAAUGUCUAUUUUCAGUACUUAUGUUUGAAAAUUUAUAUAGAUAUAAGCUAGCUUCACUGUACUUGGAAUAAGCUAGAACAACUUCUAAAGAUA